CGUUUUAAACAGUGACUGUAUAUAAGUAUUUCACACACACACACACACACACACUUUUUGUGCAUCUGAAAUAUCGUCGAAAAUUCGUCAUGGCUCAGACUUACAAUCAUCAGAAGAGAAAUGUGUACAGCAUCGAUCAAAUUUUGGGCCACGCGAAAGAAGAAGAGUUGGCUUUGGAACACGCGACGCCAUCGGACCAGGACGGCGAAAAUUGCGAAACGGAGUUGGGUCAUCUGAGUGAUCACCAGAUGAACGAUAACAUCAACGAUCCACUUGACAUGGGGGAAACCGAUCGGCCGAGGAAAGUUCGGAGGUCCAGAACCACCUUCACAACCUACCAGUUACACCAGCUCGAAAGAGCGUUCGAGAAAACUCAGUACCCCGACGUUUUUACCAGAGAAGAACUAGCCAUGAGGCUUGAUCUCUCGGAGGCCAGAGUUCAGGUAUGGUUCCAAAAUCGUCGAGCUAAAUGGCGGAAGAGGGAGAAAGCGCUGGGACGUGACACGAGUUUUAUGCACGUUGACCAAGGAGGUGUAAAUGAGCUCUCGUUACACGCUCAUCUUCUUCAGACGGCUGCAGCGGGACUUCCGGGUGGAGACUCGAGCUCGCCGUCGUCAGGGGGUUUCCCGUGGUUCAUGCCACCGGUGUUUCCACCACCCUGGGUGACGGGGGCUCCGAAAUUAGCCCCCCUGCACGCGAUCUUGUCCCAGUACAUCGGGCUGCCGUUGCCGCCGAAUUUGACGUCGCUGGCAGGCGCCGGACUUCCGCUCGGGGGUUCGAUGGGCUCGAUGAAUCACCCGACGAUCGCUUCUCAGCUCGGGGGUGGCGCCUCGCACCCCGUAAGCCCGAGCCAGCUCCAUCACCUGCCCCUUAAUCUCGGCGUCCAGAAUCUCCCCCAGAACUUGAGCGCCAAGCACGACAGAGACGAGGACUCCGCGUCCUCGGACGACGAGGUCAGAAGACAGAGUGCCGAGAUCCUGAGAGUCAAGGCUCAGGAGGCGAUUCGCAAGACGGACAAUUAAUUGAUCGGAGAAUUUCUUGGUAGCCCUUUUGCUGUUAAUUUCUUUCCCUGUUCCUUCGUUUUUAGCAAAAACAUCUGAUAACCUUAGCUCGUAGUCAGGAUCGAAACCUUAUUCGACCUUAUUUUGAUCCCCCAGAGGAUCAUCUGUGAACUAAGGAUAAAGACACAUAGUAACAAUAAACAACCUCGAAGAUAUUAGAAGAUAGGAACAAAAAA